UGGUGACGUACUUCCUCCUUUCACUCUUCUUCACGUUAAAGGACAAACUUCAGCUUUUCCUUUUAAAUUAGAAACCGAAUUCUUGGAUUCGCACAUUGAAGCUUUUUAUUAUCUUUAUUUUAAUCGGAAUUGAAAAGCUUGGUGGCGGACACUAAAUCGGGCGGAACCUCCUCUUUGUUCGCCUGUGUUCAGUCCGGAUGAAGUAGUUUCCGGGAGACGGUACCAGCAGUAAACAUGGCGGAGGAGCUGCUGGAAGCGGUGGACAGACUUCAGUCGCGGCUCCAGGAGAACCAGGAGCCGAGAAAGCUACUGAAGACGCUCAAACGACUCGGGGAACUUCCCAUGACUGUGGACAUACUGGUGGAAACUGGAGUGGGAAAGGCUGUGAACUCGUUCAGGAAACAUGAAAUCGCUGGAGAAGUUGCAAAAGGCCUCAUAGCCAAGUGGAAGAAACUGGUUCCUCAGUCUGCAGACAGACCCAACAGUCACGCCAUAGAAGCCUCUCGGCCACACCCCCACUCUCGAGGCCCAGAGGCAGGUGAUGGAGGAGUUCACAGACGUACCCGGGAGCCCUCCCCCGAGGAAGAGCCCUCCUACAUGGAAGAGGAGGAGGCAGAGGAGGAAGAGGAGAGAGGCUACCACACCAACUACUCCCCCUCUCCUCCCCAACACAGGCAGUACAGCCCCCCACAGCGAGGAGGCUACCAAUCAGACGAGUAUGAGAGCCCCGAACCUGAACCUGAACGUGAACCUGAGCCUGAACCUGAACCUGAGCCUGAGCCCAGUCCUCCUCACAAAGAAGUCCGCCACGCCAAACCAUACAGAGAUCCCAGCAAGAACCACCACCACGGGGAUCGAAGCAGGGAGCGCGACGAGGAACGACGGCAACGCCACACAGAGACAAGUAGCAAUCGAGGAGGAGGAGGAGACGACGACGACGAAGACGAAGAAAAGAAACGUGGUGCAGACAGAGAGAGACGACAGAGUCCGGUACAGAAGCCUGCAAAACAAAGGAAGUCCACCACGCACGAGAGCAAGAGGGAAGAGAAGAAGAAAGGCGGAGAUGAAGGGCGACCACGAGCACCGAAGGAAUCUCUAUCCAAGGAGGUGGAAGAGGACUUUGAGAGUCCCACCAUGUCCUUCGAGUCCUUCCUCACAUACGAUGCCCCAAUGGCUGUCAAGAAGAAGAAGAAGCCAUCGUCAUCGUCGUCACACAGUCGGCCGUCUCACUCAUCGUCCUCCUCAUCGUCUUCCCAUCGAACUCGCGCCCCUCCACCGCCUGCCACCUCCUCCUCCUCUACCUCCUCCUCUAAAGCGAGCAAGGCGAACGGCGCUCAGAGUAAAAAGAGAUCACAUUCAAGCUCCAGCUCCUCCGCUGCUGCCCCGACGCCAGAGAAACGAAAGAGGAUGGUCGAAGCCGUUCCGACUCUGCCUGAAAUCCCUCUGCCAGCAAUUCAACCCAAUUACAGACCCCUACCGUCCCUCGACAUCACACCGCUGUCCCCUCAGAGACGUAAAGUUCCUGUCCUCAACGAGGAAGAGGACUCUGGCUUCACAGGGAAACGGUUCAACUCCAAGAUGGUGGUCUACUCAGGGUCGAAGACGGCUUACCUGCCCAAGAUGAUGACUCUGUACGAGCAGUGUAUCCGCGUGCUGCAGAACAACAUCGACUCCAUCGAUGAGGUGGGAGGAGUUCCAUACGACAUCCUUGAACCGGUUCUGGAGCGAUGUACGCCAGAGCAGCUGUACCGCAUCGAGCAGAGCAACCAGUGUUUCACGGAGGACUCUGAUGAGUUGUGGAUGCGUCACUGUGCACGGGACUUCAAGCGAGCGUCUCCACAGGAGUACGAGUCGUGGAGGGAGAUGUACCUGAGGCUGCACGACGAGCGCGAGGAGCGACUGAGGAGGCUCACCCAGAACAUCACGUCUGCACACGCCAACAAGCCCAAAGGACGGCAGGUAAAGAUGGCGUUUGUAAAUUCCGUCGCCAAGCCACCUCGUGACGUUCGCCGCCGACAGGAGCGGUUCGGCACGACCAGCGGUUCGUCAGCUGCCUCCACCGCAGCGUCAGCUCCCAUCAAAAUAAGGCCGGCUACCAUAAACUACGCUGGUGAAACCAGUCGCGCGUCUUUAUCCGAAAACAACCCUUCGCCCAGCUCGUCCCGCUCCUCCGCACCAAGUGGAGGAGCGGGAGGAGGAGGAGGGGGAGGGGGCAGCGGUGCCGGGGGAGGAGCAGCGGGACCUGUCGCCCGGGACAAGCCACAGGUCAAAAAAAUCGCCCCCAUGAUGGCCAAAACUAUCAAAGCGUUCAAGAACAGAUUCUCCCGCCGAUAGACAGAGACUGUGAAUGUAUUUUAUGAAUUCCAUCUCUGUUUUAAUUUAAGUUUAGAAAGAUUUUACUGGAGACCCCUUCAUCCCUACACACACGCACACACACACACACACACACAGAGACACACACACCCUUACCCACCAAACACAACAUAUGUGAACUUUACAGUAUUGGUGGAAAAAUGAUUAUUUAAUCCAAGCAGUGGCGUCUGUUUGGGGUUUUUAAACAAGUAUUUGAAAUGUGAACGGUGGGACGACUGUGCUGAGGAUAUUAAGGAAAUCAAGAGAAACUAGUUGCCAACUUUUUACAGGACGCAAAAGGACACAAACACAAAGUCUGUUACUUUUUCUUAUUUUUUUAAAGGAACAGUUUGACAUUUGGGGAAAUACACUUAUUCACUUUCUUGCUGGGAUUUAGACGAGAAGUAGAUCGAUGUCAGUCUCUGGUUUUUAAGAUGAAUAUGAAGCAGCAGCAUAAAGACUGAAAUCAGGGUGAAACAGCUAAUCCGGCUCUUUUCUAUGAUAGAAAAUGAUCUACCACCACCUUAAGCUGGUAGAUUUUAUUGGUGUUAUUCAGUUUUUAAAAGAUUUAUUUAAGCAGUUAUAUUUAUAUAUCUUUUAAAUUUCUGGGUACAAGUCACCAGAAACUAAAGAAAACUAUGAAGUAUCUAAAUGUUCUCUAGGAGCCUACGCCAUAUCGGCCCCCAUAAUCCAGUCUGCUCCAAAAUUUUAUAGAUUCUUCCUUGUUCCAUGUUCCACUCUUCUACCAAGUUUCAAUAAAAUCGGUUUUGUAGUUUUUGCAAAAUCCUGCUGACAAACAAAAGUGAAAACUUAAACUUAGAAUCCACAGAAGCAGCCGCUUACAUGAAACAACAUCCACUCGACAGCGCCCUCUAUAGUCACACUUUAUUAUGGUCACUCAAUAUGUUCUUAGCAUAUUACCCUUCCACCACCAAGGAUAGUUUAUUUACACUUUGUUUUUGUGUCAACUGGUGAGGGUCAGAAGUGCUGAUUCUGUAAAAGCUGUUUCUCCUCAUUUCAGGCAUUUAUGCUAAGCUAAGCUAACCGGCUGCUGCGUUUAGCUUCAUGUUUACUGGACGGACAUGAGAGGCAUCAAACUUCUCGUCUUACUCUCGACAAGAAAGUGAAAUAGCACAUGUCAAACUUUUAUUGGGUUCGGAAGGUUGGAACCUGACGGCCGGGGUCUUUCUGUGUGGAGUUUGCAUGUUCUCCUCGUGUCUGUGUGGGUUUUCUCAGUCCAAAGACACGUAGGUCCAAUUGAAGACACUAAAUUUCCCGUAGGAGCGAAUGUUAGCGUGAAUGUUUUUUUUUUGUCUUGACAUGUCGGCCAUGGCAAUCUGUCCAGGGUGAACCCCGCCUCUCACCCAGUGUCAGCUGGGAUUGGCUCCAGCCCCCUCAUGACCCUCAAAGGGUAAAUGGUACAAAUAAUGAAUGAAUGAAUUGUGGGAGAGAAAAGUUGUGCUUUUAAUUUUAUGAGUCGUUUGUUUCAUUUUUUUCUCAACCAAAUCGAACACUGCGAUAGGAAAACUUUUAGACAUUUGUUUUGUCUUUUUAAUUGCAUGCAUUGUGCACGUCAGCUGCACCUGAAAUAUCAACCGGCUGGUGAGAGACUGCACAUUCAAACAUGAUUUGCCUGGUGCAUUUUUUUAAUUUGUGGGGCUAAAAAUUAUAUCAGUGAACUACACACACACACACAAACACAUUUUCGACUUGUUUUAACCCUCCUGUGGCUUCAGCUCAUGUUUUCCUGCUGUCCAAUGUGUGUGUCCUCUUUAAAUCUGCUUCACUGUGACAAAUGGUUUGAAUGAAAGCUGAAGUGGUGACGAGGGAAAAACGACCAUUAGGAAAGAAGCUGGUCAGACGGCUGCGGCUUCAGUCUACAGCGAUGAUGACUUGUAUUUAUUUUCAACCCUGGGACCCGGCACUCCAUCACACGGCCCUGAAAGGAAGUAGAUUAAAAAUUGUAAUUUUAUUAGAUUUUAAAAAAUGUUAUAUGGUCAUUUUUAUUAAAAUUGACUUUUUGCCCUUGAA